CUGAGUGCAUGCAUAAUAGUGCAACGAGUCAUCUCGCAGUUUAAAAUUCGUGAUAAUCGUUAGGUAUCAGAAAUUAUUUUUCGUUUAAUAGCGCUAAUUUAAUUUUCUUCUCGCGACGGUUGCAUCGUUUUUACUUUCUUCCCUUUAUCGCCAGAUUUAAUGUAUUAUUCAAUAAUAUUUGGAACAGCUGCAUGUAACCUCAAAAAUGCAUGCCAACUAUCCGUCUGAUAAGAAUUAUCUUGCGUUUAUCUAACGUUCUAUCCAGUUCUGUCAUUUCGUUCCGUCCCAAUACAGUGCCAAUUUCAAUUUUGAUUUCAUUUUCACUAUUCGUUCCAUCAGGAGUCAGAGAAUUGCUGUGAAUUUUCGGAACACCCCAGUUGUCGGUCAGUCUGCGAUUGUUUUGGUUUCGAUGUACUCUCACUAAAUCCCUCACCCUAACCUGGAAUCGACAUUCAGCCCCUAUUUGGAUUACCCCGGCGUCGCCCUAUCAUUGGAGCGAGCGAUGGGCACCCCCGAAGACGCGGCCCUGAACUCAGAUGCGGAGUCCGAUCCCGGAUCCGAUCUCGAGGACCCUGAGAAACUCCUCGAGACCCUCCUCGGCGAGCUCGGGACCCUCACUGAGGGUUUGGAUAAUGUUGGCUCCAAUUCAUGCACCCCUCGGCCAGCGUCAGAUCUGAAUCCUCCUAGGACUGAUACAUACCGCCUUUCGAUGGCCAACCUUGAAGAUACUCAAGAUGUGGACUUAGAUGCUAUUCUUGGUGAGCUUUGUGCCCUAGAGUCUCAGUAUGACAAAGAGUUGUCUCAAACUUCUCUCAACAAAUCAGGUGCAACAGAUAUCUCUCAACACAGGAGAAGUCCAUCUGAGGCGCAUGGUGUUGCCCGCACUGAUAGCCCGGACAAUGAUUCAGCAUUCUCUGACAGUGUAUCCUUGUUAUCGAGUGAAAGCUCUGCCUCAAGUGGUCGAACUGAUGCCACAGCAUCCUCGUCAGUCAGUGCAAAUCAGGCUGGCCAAAAUGGGAAAACAGAGAAAAUCCGAUUGGCGCUUCAGAAAAUGCGGGAAGCAAAUAUCAAGAAAAUAUUCAUUAAAGUAUUCAGUCUAGAUGGAUCUGCAAAAUCCCUCUUGGUUGAUGAAUCAAUGACGUGUGGAUACGUCACAAGACUUCUAGCUGAAAAGAAUCAUACUAGUCUGGAACCCUCCUGGGGCCUUGUUGAAUAUGUUAACGAUCUUCACAUGGAGCGUGUCUAUGAAGAUCAUGAAAUGUUAGUCAAUAAUCUGAUGUUGUGGACGAGAGAUUCUCAAAAUAAACUUUACUUUGUUGAGAGACCUGAGCGAACUUUACUCUUCAAACGGCCAGAGUUGUUCCAUAACGAUCACCUGAACACGCCGCUGAUUGAACCCUUGGACGAAUUCACAAAGAAUAGUAUAAUUGAGGAACUUCUGAGUGGAGCAGGUGGCCCAAACAUAGAAGGCUCUCUGUACAUUAAGACUGAAUCUCGAAAGGGCUGGAAAAAGUAUCAGAGUAUUCUAAGGGCUUCUGGACUGUACUAUUUACCCAAAGACAAAUCUUCCUCUCGGUCUCCGAAGGAUAUGAUCUGCCUGACCAAAUUUGAAAACAAUGAGGUCUAUUAUGGAGUAGGCUGGAAAAAGAAACUGAAAGCACCAACAGAGUUUGGUUUUGCCAUCAAGCAUCCUUGUUUGCAGCAGCCAAAAUCCUCGAAGCACAUUAAAUAUUUGUGUGCAGAAGAUUCAAUCACAAUGCACCGAUGGGUUAUAGCUAUUCGUAUUGUCAAGUAUGGACGUCAGCUUUAUGAUAAUUAUCGCUCAGUUCUUGAUGGGGAUGAAGUUGAUAACGAAAUUCUUGACCAAUCGGACUCCGGCUCCUCUGGCUGUGAUGUUGCCUUUGAAUCAGACUUCCCGUCUGGAACCAUCAAAAGGAAACCUCCAAAAAUCCCUUUGACACAAACCACUCGUCAAUUGAAGGAUAUUGCAAGUUCAAAUUCAAACAUGUUCUCUCUGCGAAGAGAAGAAGAAAUUUACAGCACAGCUGUUCUUGAUAGGAGUAAUGGACUUUACGGAAAUGUAGAUAGAAGACUAACGGAAGAACCGUUAGAUGUAAAUCAUUGUUCUGAAAGGCGUGUGAGUGUAAGUAUAGAUAUUGCAAACAGUCCGAAAGAGAGGCUUGUAUCUAAUAGCCUUGAACGGAACAAUAUUUAUGGUAACUGUGCGACUCUCAAGCGUCAAAGUAGCUUAGAUAAGAAUUCAAUCGGAACAGAUAGAAGAACAAAUGAAAUAUCUGUCUCCAAGCAUCAAAAUAGUCUGGAUAAAAAUAGUCAUAGAUUAGGUUCAGGUGAAUUUAUUGAGAGUGCUAUUCUCACACGGCCAAUAGUUGACAACAAACCCAAUCUGCUUGUCGAACGAGAAAUCGAUGAAGCGAUGAUUGAAAGAUCUCCAAGUUUUAGUUCCUUACCCCCUCCUCCUCCUGAACUUCUUGCAAGUUCAUUAACCCUAAAUGAAGAUGAUGAUGAGGUGGACUUACCCCCACCCCCUCCACCUAGACUGUUACCUCCCUCAGAGGACUUCCUGCAGGAUUUGCAGAGAGUUAUGAGGCGCAAGUGGCAAGUUGCCCAGAAGUGUAAACUAGAUGUAAAGAUGACACCGCAUGAAGUUCUCGGUUUCAGAGAUCCUCCGCCUGGAGAAGCAGACUAUCGCGAGACAAAUGUUAGCAAUUGGGUGCAAGAGCAUUAUGGAAGCAGUACAAAUUCUAGCCAAUAUAACUUGUAUGAGAAUAUCUUUGCUAAAUCCACGCCUAACAAAAGUACAAUUUUGAAUACUAACUCAAACCCAGGCACGCAUAAACCUAAGACUGUCACAUUCAAUCUCCCCCCUUCCCCUGUAAUUAUCCCUGAUUCCGUGCCCAUUGUGAAAAAGAGACCUCCGCCCCCUCCUCCGAGAGCGGAAACAACCCAGUUAACCACAAAAUUACCGCCGAAACAACCGUGCUGACGAGAGUCUUUUAUUUUUGGAUAACCUUGUUGCAUUUGAUGUUUUUGUUGGUGCUAUUAUUUUUAUGUGCAAGUCCUCUGCUAGCCUGUGUUUUGAUAAUGGGCAUUUUAAGAAAUGUGCAAAACCCUUGCCAACUGAGAAUGUUUUUAAGCAGCAGUGAGUAAAAUGAUCAAAACCGUAGCUAUUUCGAAUCUAUUCUUGUCGGUUGUCUUUUGUUAUUCAGUUAAUUAAAAAGAAAAAAUUCUCUCGCUCUAUCUCUCACCUUCAGUUUUGCUUGUACUAAUGACGCUCUUGCUGAGACUAAUGUCAAUGUUUUUGUGCUUCGGUUUCUCACCUGAUGAUAGAAAUCAAAAUGAAAAAAAAUUCCAUGAAAUAUUGUGAUUUUUCUCCUCCUUUUGCUUUUCAAAAAAUGGUGCUUUUGUAAACUUACCUCUCAGCUUUUGUGGAAAAUUACCCUUACUGUUAUUUUACAUUCUAUUGCUUUUAAUAAAACAUUUUGCUUUGUGACUAAUACCCCGGAAAAUAGGUGCCUUAGAGCCCUUUGUAAAAUCUCUCAGGAUGCAUCAGUUUUAAUUAAGCAGACCAGAUCAUUUCCCCUCGUGUUAGUUAGUGGACCGACAAUAGAUGGAUGGUCAAGUGGUGUCUGUUGAAAAAUGUAUUUGACUGAGAAAAAAUCAUUUGUAUGACCUUGAAUUUUCCACAGAUGAAAAAGGUGAGGCGAAGGUACUGUUUAAUUCAUGUACUGAACCUUUAAAAAAAAUGAAAGAUGAACUAACAAUAAUAUUUAGAAGGAAACUUUGGAUAUUUUUUCAUGCAAAGCAGGUGCCUGUAUGUAAUUCCAUUAUGUUAAAGUGAUUAAUUUGCUUCUGUAACUGAAAUUGUACUGUGUCAGUCUCCAGCGAUGUUGCUUCAGUGUGUUUAGCAUGCAAAAAAUUGAAGUGGACGAAAGAUCAACUUUGAAUGUAUGGUUCGUGCGGCCUUAAAAAAGUGCCUGAUUUUGAAAUUUUCAAUGCUUUAAAAGUGCUUGAUGUUUUGAAAGAUGCCCAAAAAGUGUUUAAAUUUUUAUCUGUGCUAAUUGUCAGCACUGAUAGCUUAACGUUCAAGAAAUAACAUAGCGUCUGCCUUUUAACUGGAAAGAUAUCCCAAUAACAAAAAAAAUUCAAUUUGCCUUCAAAGUAUACAACAAAUUUACAAACAGGGCUUACGAUCCGAGGAGAAAACUGUGCAUUUUUUCUCUCUUAAAAAUUACUACAAAUGUGAAAAGUGGUUGAAAAUUCUUUAAAAAGCUUGGGAAGUGCUUGAUUUUUUUUUAUUCUUGAGGCUGCAUGAACCAUGGUAUACUCUGAAUACUUUGUAAAUAGCUACUCUCUAAUUGAAAAUCCAAUGUGUCCGGACCAUAAGCAAGGUAAAUUUCAAGAUCGUAAUAUGAAACGGCUGAUGAUGUGCUUACCUUGACUGAUUCAUUGAUCGUUGCCUUAUUUUGAAUACCUUUUACAUUAGUCUUGUAAGUCCUGAAAGAGAAGUUUUUAAUCCUUUUUUGGUGUGGUGCAGUUUUCGUAAGAAAUUGCUUUUGUCAUCAAAGGUUCAUGCGAACAAAUUUGUAUGUAGCAAUUAGUUUUCGAUCUCAAUAUUUUUGAUGCCUUUUUAAUCAAUAAUUAAAUGAAACAAAUGAAAUUGAUAAUUUAAAGUUAAUCAGAUAGAAUUAACCAAGAAGUCAUGGAAAAACAAUUAAAUCCUUUUUCAUUUGAAUAUUAUUAUGUAUCAUGACGAACAUGGUUUGGGACAACAUAUACACCACAGAAACUUUCUCAGGUUUGAUUCUUCAUUUUUCAGGGUGGGUUUCUUUACAAUGGUGGCGUCCCAGGAAAUAUAUACCUGCAACCAUUCAGCAGUUAAUUCGUUGAUGCUGCAAAAUGUCAGCAACAAUCCUACAUGUAUAUCAGUUCUCCUUUCAAUGUUCGUCAGCAGUAAUGCUAAUCAACUCUUAACCUUAAUUGAAGUACUUAUACCGAUUUACAGAGCUUUUAAUCUCAAGGUCCCUCUAGACAAAUAGUUUUCAUAAGGUAAAUGAACUUUUCACUGUGAAUUUUUAAUUGCUGGUAGUUGUUUGUACCUACCCAUUCAUAUUCAUAGUUUUCUUCAUUUGACUCAUCCAUUUCAUAUCAAGGAGAACAAUUUACAUUAAGACAUUGAUAUUUUUUUGUGAAAGCAGUCAUUCCAGUCUAGAAUUUCCAUUUAUUUUUUUCUUCUUUGAUUCAAAAUAAGAGGCAUUUAUUUGAUUUUUUUAAUAACUAUAACUAACCAAAUAUAUUGUUCUAUUUUUCAAUUUCUCACUUUCUUUUAAACAUAUUUCAAUUACUUAAACAAGGUGGAGCCGAUUUUAGAGCUGCCAUUUUCCCUUGAAACAAUACUAAAAAGGUUUUAUAAGCUAAGCGACAAUAAGCAUUUUUCUCCAACCGUGUGCCAUUUCUUAGUAAUUUUUUUACAACCAUUUGCAGUUUUUUUCAUCAAGCAUGUUUUAUCUUUCAUCAUGGUAAUCAUUGUCCAUUUGAGAUAUCAAGUCCUAGAAAACUCAGAUUACUGAGGAUGUUUAUAACUUAGUCUACGUUGUAAUUUAAUUUUGAAAUUAUUUAGGAAAUAAGGUAUUUCUGCUUUUGUUUCUGUUUUUGUAAAUUCGAGUAUAUAUGUAAAUUACAGCAAAAUAUUUUGAAAAUAAAAUAAAAUUUAUACUGCAAACUAG